AUGAGUGGGGGUCAUCUCAGCAGUUCUUCGGAGGUUUACGAGGAAAUACGAUGUUUUACAGCUUGGGUUAGCCUGGCUUACGGUGGCAGCGUCAAAGAUGAAUGCCAGACAGUUGUCUUUGUUCUCACAAAAGCCAUGGAGGCGGAGUGGCUCGAGUACCUGGCUCGCAAAACGGAAAACCUGGCGGUGCGGCAGCGCUGUGAUUAUCUUGUUGCAGCCGCGCAGGCACUGCAAGAUUGUGAUGCGUUUUUGCCGUCUCGUAAGGAAGGGAGCGUCGUCGAGGCGCCACUAUAUAUUGGAGAGGAGGAACUCCUGUACAAUCACGCUUCUGCGUUGUGGAAGUCCUUCGACAAAAACGCUUUUCGUUGUCGGAUCGCUCGGAUUCUGGAAGAGGCAAAAACACUGGUGUCUUCUCGCGAGACGGAGGUUGAUUAUCUCACGCUUCUCGUCGGUGACCAGCUGAUUGACGGUGUACCUGAUGUGGAGGUGAUCGAUCGCAUCCUGUUGAAGGCGAGCGGCAUGAUCAUAUCUCGGUUAGCUGAAAUGGCCUGGGGUGCUGCCAGUUCCUGGAGUGUGCAGUCCCCGCGCUUGACGGCUGCCCUCCUCUUGCAUGGCUGCGUUGAUGCCCUAGGCUACGCAGACCAGGAAAGGUACCAUCUGCGUAUGCGCGAGUUGGAGGGGCGUCUCAAAAGUGACGUCGUUCUGGAGUACCCGAAGGAAAGGCUGCAGGCUCCCUUUACCGCCAUCGCUUACUUUGACGAAGAGGGCGCUAAGGUGGUUGGAGACUCAGCACGAGUGGUGAUCAUGCUCUUUUCUACUUCUGUAAUGUGUAUUAACGUCGAUGUGUGCAUGCUGACCCUUUCUUACACAUCCGUGGCUGGUACCGCAGACACCCAGUUGCCAUUUAGCCCUGCUCGAUCUGUUACACUGUGUGUCGCGAGCCCACAAGAGCUCGUCGUCGACGUGCCGCUUUCACACAGUGGAGAGCUGCUGUGCACUAGCUUGGCGGCCGACGUCCAUGUUGGCGGGGUUCGUGUUGCCACACGGUGGCGCUUCGCCGUUGGGAGCUCAAGUGUUGGGGGUAUGCCAGCAACAAGCACACGCGUGGUUUUCUCUGCGAAAAUAUCUCGCCAGGUGCUCCAGGUGUCGAAUCCACCGACCAUUUUCAGGGUGAAGUGCCCCUCUCUUCUUCAAGCCGUCGAGGGAGAGUGCGCCGAGUGCGACAUCAUCAUUUCGUGUGGUUCGCUGGGGGUGCGGAAUGGCUGUAUGACUCUUCCGCACGAGCCGAAGCUCUUCCGAGUUGUGUGUUGGAGCAGCGCAAACGAGCCACUCCUUGUCACGGAGACCUGCGGGCAGGUGCACUUUGCGGUGCCAGAUGUCGCCUCUGGCGAGUCUGUGCAUCUCCUUGUGAGUAUUGCCUGCAUUCGUUGUGCUGAGUUUCGCCUCCCCGUUACCUUUGAAUACUCCGCAGAUCGCUACGGCGGCGUCAGUUGCUGCAGAACACUCCAAAUAUCGGUUGACCCGCCUUUCAACGCCGAACACUCAAUGAUGGGUGAGAGCCUCUGGGGUGACGCGGCGGCGGCACUCUCUGUCCCGUCUACAAGGCUGUCGUAUGUGCAGUACGAUAAGAGUGUACUCGUGAAGGCUGCCGACAUCUUCAGUUCCCCACUGAUCACUAACUGGAAGGAUGACUGUGCCCUCUAUUUUUUCACAAAGGAAACGACGGCUAAAGAGUUUGUCUUUCAGCUGGGUGACACCGUGACCCUAUGCUGCACCUUCCGCUGUACCGCGAAGCGGGGUAUCACAUUCCUCCACGCUGAGGUCACUGGCGGCGAUGACGUUGACGUGUUGUCGUGCUACUGUGGCGAGGAAAGCUCGUACCUUGAAGAAGGGGAGUGCGUGACGAUGGUGGUUCGCUUUCAAGCCACACGUCUUGGACGGCUGAACCCAGGCUUCAUACGCGUCUUUUUCGCUCCCCAGCGCACUGCGACACGCCUAUACUCUGACGUGUGCAUCCCAACGGUCUACAUCGAGGACUUAGGGGUGCAGGUCACCGCAAACUAUCCGCUGGUUACACCAUACGGCUUGCCUCUCGCGUUGGACAUCUCCAUUUACAACGCAACCGGUGCUCUGUUCAUUGGAGAACUGUCGCUGGACCCACAGGCCGACAACUUUUUGUGUGCUGCCACAACACGCAAGUCACUUCAAAUCGGGCCAGCUGAACGGGACGUGACGCGAUGCAUGCUCACUCCUCUUUGUGCCGGUGAGCUGAGGCUGCCUCGUUUCCACGUUCGGUGUGGUGUAACAUCGCGUCUCGUCGCCAUCGCUGAUGAAAGCUACGUUGUGCAUGUUCUUCCCUGCGGCUCUCAAGAGUAG